AUGGCGCAUCCCAGCGGCAGCUCCGGUACGGCAGUGCGAUUGCGGUCGAUGGUAGACACAACUGAUAGUUCAGAUUUGGCAACGUCUCAGAUCCGUGGCAGAAGUAGCCUUCUCUUGGACCUCCACCGCCUUGCCGAUGCCGAAUUCUUCAAUUCCUUCCAGGAUGAUUUCGAUGAUGAAGACGUCAACUGCUAUGCCAAUCUCAAUUUAUCUUUUAUGGGAAAUAUAUGUUGCAAUUACUGGAAAAAUAUGAUGAUGGGUUGA